AUGUCUGCGCCUCGAACCAAGCGGCCCUUCGCGGGCGCCUCUGCGGACCCAUCCCAGCGUCAAAUCACAUCCUUCUUUUCCUCUGGCGCCCUUCCCACCGACGCCGACGCCGAUGCACAGCCCUUGCGGCAGCCGCUCCUCCCGUCCAGCGUGCAGGCGAACCUUCUCAGCGUAGGCAUGCGCGUCCGCAAGUCCGUCCCGGAGGGGUACAAGACCGUCGGCCCCAGUGGCUUCAAGCUGUGGACGGAUAACACACGGGCGGGUGCCACCAGCAACUCGCCGGCAACGCGAGGCGCUCGCGCUGUGUCCAGGGAACUGCUGCCCUUCUGCGGCAUAAACAAGAUUGGCGGCUUGGACACGCAACCCUCCUUGCGCGAAGACGAGUCCGAGGACGACGAAGUACCAGACCUGGACGCCGUCCCGGAACUCACCAUGUCUCAAGAAAGCGUCGAGAGCAAUGCCUCAGAGCCGUCUCGCAAGCGCAUCUUUGAUGAAGAUGAGGACUCAGCCGCCAGCAUCCCCAUCACGUGGGCUGCCAGCGAAGCCGCCAAGGCUUGGGACGGCGAAGUAAGCCCGCGGACACUCCACGCGCCGAUGGGCUGGGGAAAUGCCCGCCCAAUGGCCGUACCGAGGACUCGCGUGCGCAAGAGCGUAUCUGCAUCGGCCGCGGCAGACAUCCCGCUCAAGGACGUGGACCAGGAGAACAUGGCCGUGGAUGGAGACUUUGAGGAGGCCGACUUUCUCGUCUUUGGACAAGGACGGGAGAUGGACAUGUCUUGA